GCGCGCGCUGCCCACAUUCGCUUCCCUUCGGCUCCCCCUGGCCCCUGCGCUGCCUGGAGGCGGCUGCACUCUGGGAUCAUGGCCCAAGUAGCAGUGUCUACCCUGCCUGUCGAAGACGAGGAGUCCUCAGAGAGCAGGAUGGUGGUGACGUUCCUCAUGUCUGCUCUUGAGUCCAUGUGUAAAGAACUGGCUAAGUCCAAGGCGGAAGUGGUGUGCAUCGCAGUGUAUGAAACAGAUGUGUUUGUUGUUGGAACCGAGAGAGGACGUGCUUUUGUCAACACUAGAAAGGACUUUCAGAAAGAUUUUGUAAAAUACUGUGUUGAAGAAGAAGAAAAGGCUGCAGAGAUGCAUAAAAUGAAAUCUACAGCCCAGGCAAAUCGGAUUAGUGUCGAUGCUGUGGAGAUAGAAACACUCAGAAAAACAGUUGAGGACUAUUUCUGCUUUUGCUAUGGGAAAGCUUUAGGCAAGUCAACAGUGGUGCCUGUUCCAUAUGAAAAGAUGCUCCGAGAUCAGUUGGCCGUGGUGGUGCAGGGGCUUCCAGAAGGAGUAGCCUUCAAACACCCUGAAAACUAUGAUCUCGCAACCCUGAAGUGGAUUUUGGAGAACAAAGCAGGGAUUUCAUUUAUCAUUAAAAGACCUUUCCUAGAGCCAAAGAAGCACGUAGGUGGUCGUGUGAUGGUUACAGAUGCUGAAAGGACAAUGCUAUCUCCAAGUGGAAGCUGUGGCCCCGUCAAAGUAAAAACAGAACCCUCAGAAGAUUCUGGCAUUUCUCUGGAAAUGGCAGCUGUGACAGUGAAGGAAGAAUCUGAAGAUCCUGAUUAUCAAUAUAACAUUCAAGGAAGCCAUCAUUCUUCAGAGGGCAAUGAAGGAACAGAAACGGAAGUACCAGCAGAAGAUUCUACUCAACAUGUCCCUUCAGAAACAAGUGAGGACCCCGAAGUUGAGGUGACUGUUGAAGAUGAUGACUAUCCUCCACCUGCCAAGAGACCAAAGAGCAGUGAACCUCCCCAGCCACCCGUCACAGAACCUGCGAAUGCCGACAAACGGAAAGUGAGGGAGUUCAACUUCGAGAAAUGGAAUGCUCGAAUUACUGAUCUGUGUAAACAAGUUGAAGAGUUGUUUGAAAGAAAGUAUGCUCAAGCUAUAAAAGCCAAAGGUCCUGUGACGAUCCUGUACCCUCUUUUCCAGUCCCACGUGGAAGAUCUUUAUGUAGAAGGACUUCCAGAAGGAAUCCCCUUUAGAAGGCCAUCAACUUAUGGAAUCCCUUGCCUUGAGAGGAUAUUACUUGCAAAGGAAAGGAUUCGUUUUGUGAUUAAGAAGCAUGAACUUUUGAAUUCAACACGUGAAGACUUACAGCUUGAUAAACCAGCUUCAGGAGUCAAGGAAGAGUGGUAUGCCAGAAUCACUAAGUUAUGAAAGAUGGUAGAUUAGCUUUUCUGUAAAAAAUUUGCUGAAGCCUUAGGGAGCACCUAAGCUAAGGCUGUACCUUACCAGAAAUUUGAAGCACACCCUAAUGACCUCUACGUGGAAGGACUGCCAGAAAACAUUCCUUUUAGAAGUCCCUCGUGGUAUGGGAUCCCAAGGCUGGAAAAGAUUAUUCAAGUGGGCAAUCGAAUUAAAUUUGUUAUUAAAAGACCAGAGCUUCUGACACACAGCACUACUGAAGUUACUCAGCCCAGAACGAAUACACCAGUCAAAGAAGAUUGGAAUGUCAGAAAUACCAAGCUACAGAAGCAAGUGGAAGAGAUUUUUAGUUUGAAAUUUGCUCAAGCUCUUGGACUCACAGAAGCAGUAAAAGUACCAUACCCAGUGUUUGAAUCAAACCCUGAGUUCCUCUAUGUAGAAGGCUUGCCAGAAGGAAUUCCCUUUCGAAGCCCUACCUGGUUUGGAAUUCCAAGACUGGAAAGGAUUGUCCAUGGAAGUAAUAAAAUCAAGUUUGUUGUUAAAAAACCUGAACUAGUUAUUUCCUACUUGCCUUCUGGAAUGGCUAGUAAAAUUAACACUAAAGCUUUGCAGUCCCCGAAAAGACCACGAAGCCCCGGGAGUAAUUCAAAAGUUCCUGAAAUUAAGGUCACUGUGGAAGGCCCUAAUAAUAGCAAUCCUCAAACCUCAGCUGUUCGAACCCCUACCCAGACGAAUGGUUCUAAUGUUCCCUUCAAGCCUCGAGGGAGAGAGUUUUCCUUUGAGGCCUGGAAUGCCAAAAAAACAGACCUAAAACAGAAAGUUGAAAAUCUUUUCAAUGAAAAAUGUGGUGAAGCUCUUGGCCUUAAACAAGCUGUGAAAGUGCCGUUCGCGUUAUUUGAGUCUUUCCCAGAAGACUUUUAUGUGGAAGGCUUACCCGAGGGCAUGCCAUUCCGACGACCUUCUACUUUUGGCAUUCCAAGGCUGGAGAAGAUACUCAGAAACAAAGCCAAAAUUAAGUUCAUCAUUAAAAAGCCAGAAAUGUUUGAGACUGCAAUUAAGGAGAGCACCUCCUCAUCUAAGAGCCCUCCAAGAAAAAUCAAUUCAUCACCCAGUGUUAAUACUACUGCAUCAGGUGUUGAAGAUCUUAACAUCAUUCAGGUGACAAUUCCAGACGAUGAUAAUGAAAGACUAUCAAAAGUUGGAAAAGCUCGACAGCUAAGAGAGCAAGUUAAUGACCUCUUCAGUCGAAAAUUUGGUGAAGCCAUUGGGAUGGGUUUCCCCGUGAAGGUUCCUUACAGGAAAAUCACAAUUAACCCUGGCUGUGUAGUGGUUGAUGGCAUGCCCCCUGGAGUGUCAUUCAAAGCCCCCAGCUAUCUGGAAAUCAGCUCCAUGAGAAGGAUCUUAGAUUCUGCUGAGUUCAUUAAAUUAGUCAUUAGACCACUUCCAGGACUUGUGAUUAAUAACCAGUUGAUUGAUCAGAAUGAGUCAGAAGGCCCAGUGAUCCAAGAAUCAGCUGAGCCAACCCAACUGGAGGUUCCUGCAACCGAAGAAAUAAAGGAGACUAAUGGAAACUCCCAAAUCAAGCAAGAACCAGACCCUACAUGGUAGAACUCUUCCCUCCCAGGCUUAAAGUAUCAGUGGGUGAGAAGAGCUUUUCGGACCUGUUACUGCCCCAGGCUGUGUAAUAUACUUGUAUAACAGAAAUACCUUCUAUACAAACCUUUUUUUCUACUUUUAGAUAGAAAUGUCUACUUUUUCAGCAGUUCUGUGAAUUGAAUUAAAGAGCAGAGUGACUGUAGAUUUGGAAUGGCUGGUUUCCUUGGGAAUGUAUUAUAAGGAUUUUACAGCAGUGCUGGAAGACGACAGGGAAAUGGCAGGGGUGGAGCUCAUCAGAUUUUUUAUGUGUUCAGCAGAGCCUUCAGCGACGGUGUUUGUUUUCCAAUCAAGCGAAGAUAUCUCCUACUGGAACAUCUCAGCUUCAGCAGUGAAGAAAACCCCUGUGAUAUAGUUCAGCUCUUUAGUUUUUCUAUUGGAGAAAAUCAUUUAAAUGACCCUUUUGUUCACGGCUCUCCUUAAUGACUGAGUGAACAGUUAGUAUCUGUAUAUUUGACUAAACCUUUUCCUAAGCUCUCUAUCAUGGUUCAUAUGUUUUUUAUCAUCAUGAAAACACAACCAUCAGGACCAGCUAACAGCAGUAAGAGGUCGGUAAUCUCAGCGUGUGGCUUAUAGAUGGAAUACAGAGACCCUCUUCCAUCCACAUUUACUUUUCAUCCAAAUAAAAUGCAUGGCGAACCAGAAGUUUGAGGUCAGGUCUGAGUGUUGGGGCAAGCUGAGCGACGUAGAGCCUCACUGCCGUGAGCCCAAUCGCGGUGUGGAAUUCUGUGGAACACCACCCCAGCUCGGCUCAGAACUUGGGGAGUGGGGUUUCGUUGCCUUCUUUACUCUGCGGUUGAACCCGUGACCCUGAGGCCCCAGUGUGGGCAGCGAGGGGUCCGUCAGCUGACCAGACACCCUCUGACAUUCUGCGCCAUUUGUAGGAGAAUCUUACAUGUAUUGAGAUUUCACCAACAGUAAGAGAUGUAAAAUACCAGCUAUACCAAGAGCUAGAGUAUGUGAUGGCAUAGAGUUUUCAUUAGCUUUAUCACAAUAUUCACAAUGGAGAAUUAUAUUACAUGGUAGCAGAAAUAGGCAUUUUUAUGUGUUGCUUAUAUUUUACCUCAAAUUAAAUUGUAGAUAUAGGGUAAUAAAUAAAAUCCAUCCA